AUACAAAUACAAAUGUAGAUAUGCAUUAACCCACAUUUUUUUAUGACUAGGAAGAGUCAGUAUUGUCAGCUUAAGAUAAGUCACUGAUAAGAUCAGUCACAAAACUAUACGCCGCAACACGAAUCAAGCAAAUUCAAGGUCAUUUGAAAAUUCAGCCUCUAUCUUCUAGCUCACUUAUUUACUGUCACCCGGAAACAAUUUUAUGCAGGUUGGCUAGGUCGCAGUUCAUCAGCAACAUGGCAGCCUCCACCACCAGGUUAUUUUCUGUUUUUCGUAAGGGACUUGGUUUUCCAUUACAUUAUACCACGCCAAGGACAUUUGCAACAUCUACCACUAUUCAGCAAAUAUCCAAGAAUAACCAGCUUGAACCUACAAAACCUGAUGGUGUCUUCCAUGUUACUAUGAUCCCUGGAGAUGGUGUUGGACCAGAACUCAUGCACGCGGUUCGGGAAGUAUUUAAGGCUGCUGAUGUUCCAGUGGAAUUUGAUGUCUUUCACCUGAGUGAAGUGCAAAACAUGGCAUCUGAAGAAAGGCUGGAAGAAGUACUGAAUUCUUUGAAGGCCAACCGAGUUGCUAUUAAAGGUAAGAUCAACACACCGAUGGAGUACAAGGGAGAGCUGGCAUCUUAUGAUAUGAGACUCAGACGUAAGUUGGACCUGUUUGCAAAUGUUGUUCAUGUUAAUAGCCUGCCAGGGUACAAAACCAGGCAUAACAACUUGGAUCUGGUUAUCAUUCGGGAACAAACUGAAGGCGAAUACAGUUAUAUGGAACAUGAAAGUGUGAAGGGUGUGAUUGAGUGCCUAAAAAUUGUCACACGAGAAAAAUCCCGCCGCAUUGCCAAGUUUGCUUUUGACUAUGCUACCAAGAAAAGACGUUCCAAGGUGACCGCAGUCCACAAAGCAAAUAUUAUGAAGUUGGGAGAUGGCCUUUUUCUACAGUGCUGUGAAGAGGUAGCUGAAUUGUACCCCAGAAUUCAGUUUGAGACCAUGAUCAUUGACAACUGCUGCAUGCAGCUUGUCCAAAAUCCUUACCAGUUUGAUGUUUUGGUGAUGCCAAAUCUGUAUGGUAAUAUCAUCGACAAUUUGGCUGCUGGAUUAGUUGGGGGAGCUGGCGUAGUGCCUGGAGAGAGCUAUAGUUCAGACUAUGCUGUCUUUGAAACUGGUGCCCGACAUCCAUUUGCCCAUGCUGUGGGGAGGAAUAUAGCAAAUCCUACUGCCAUGUUAUUGUCAGCCUCAAAUAUGCUUCGACAUCUCAACUUGGAACACCACUCUCACAUGAUUUCGGAGGCAGUUAAGCGAGUGAUUAAAUUGGGAAAGGUUCGAACUGCUGAUAUGGGUGGAUAUGCUACUUCUGAUGAGUUUACUCGUGCUGUGAUUUCCAACAUAAGUUAUUAAGUUAUCCAUCUGAACAGCUUACUAUUUUGUUAAUCUUGCAUUUGUUAGAUUUAUCAUAUUUCUAUACUUCUGUGACAUUUGUUGGUCAUUUUCUGCUAAAAAAUGUAGCUGUAUUAAAUGUGGACACUGAUGGAGACUAUUUGUUAGUAUUGUGGCUACAGCAACAUGCCUGACGGUUUUAUACAUUGUGACAGUGUUGCCCUUUCUUUGACUGAAUGAUGCCAGCCACUGCACCUAGUAACACAGGUGAACUGUUAGAACCAUUGCUUCUUUUGUGUAACUAUACAAGGCAGGCAUAUUUCUGAAUGCUGGAAGUGAGGAAACCACAGAUUAGGAUCAUGCAUUAUAGGGGAAGAAUCACACCAGUAAUGUAUAUGCAGUGUUCCUUGUGUGGUUCUAAUAUUAUACUCAUCUACAAAGGCAGACUAAUAUAUUAGUAGCUCAAGGGUUGACGGCUUUGUUCUGGCCUGUAGUCACUGUCUCUGGAGGCUGGAUGUUCUACUUGUGUCAAUAUGAGCUUUUAAUAGGUACUUUGGUUUCAUCUGACCUCCCAAAAUAUAUUUGGUUGAUUGGCUACUUUAACCUGUCCAUAUAUUUUGAACUUACUCAUGCAUAUGUAACAUACGUCAUUGCUAAAAAAAAGAUUCUAAGUGGAGCCAGUUCAUGUAGUCAGUCAACAGAAAAAAUGUUAAUAAAAUGGUGGAUAGAUGAAAUGGUGUUCAGUUAGAAUACUUAAAUUAAAAUGUUAUACUCUGUAAGCCUGCCUAAUAAAAAUAGAGUGGAAUACA